AAGCUUAAUAGUGAGAGCAGAGGGCGAAGCUACGGGACGGCCAUGCUCACGUCGUCGACUAAUGUCUUCUUAUCUUUCAAUGCUUUCUCCCGCCACCGUAUAUGCAGUGGUGGCCGCAUUCGCCUUCGGCCUCUUAUUUCCUUUCCCAGAUUCUAUUCCCAAUUCUCUGGUCCAAAUACCUCCGGAGGAACCCUUGAUUAUGACGCAGCAGCCUCGCCGGACGGCCACUUGAUUGAAACCCCAAUCACUGACGCCGCCGCCGUCGACUCUGCGAUUUUUCGAACCCUUUCUUCUCGCCAGAAGGAACAAAUAUCUGUAUUCGUUAGCGCUCUUCUUGAAUGGAACGAGCGGAUGAAUCUGACGUCGGAGAGGCAGGAGGGCGAGGUGAUGGAGAGGCACGUGGAGGACUCCCUUGCCCUGCUUACCCCAUUGCGUCGGUCAUACCUUUCUAGGUGCUGUCCCUCUUCUUUUCCUUCUUGUGAUGGGCUCAAACUGGUGGACGUUGGAUCGGGCUCCGGCUUUCCGGGUUUGAUUCUCGCUAUUGCUUGCCCCACAUUCAAAAAUAGGGAUUCCAACCCUUUGCUAAAACUGACAAAUUAUCAUGGAUUUUCUAUGGAAAGCUUUCCCACGAAGCGUUGCUUUUUCCUGGAGCACGUUGUGAGGAUUACUGGUCUCUCAAAUGUCAAAGUGCUAAGAGAAAGAGCAGAGAAUGUAGGCCAAAGUCUUGAUUUCAGAGAGCUGUUUGAUGUUGCAGUUGCAAGAGCUGUUGCAGAGAUGCGAAUCCUAGCUGAAUAUUGCCUUCCAUUGGUACGUGUUGGUGGUCUGUUCAUCGCUGCAAAAGGCCAUAAUCCUCAGGAAGAACUUAGAAAUUCAGAGAAAGCAAUCAAAUUGAUGGGAGGUUCCAUGGUGGAAUUGUGUACUGUGGAAUCAUAUAGUCCUCUUGGUCAAAGAACUGCUAUUAUAUGUUUUAAGGAGUUGUCGACCCCAAAGAAAUAUCCCCGGAAUACAGGUAUUCCCUCCAAAUUUCCACUCUAAUUUGAUCCUAUCCUACUUACUACUUCUCUGUCUCUGUCCCCUAUCAUUUAAUUCUUUGAUGAGAUUGUACUAAUUAUAACAUUUUUUUUCCCAUCUCUAUCAAAUGUCGUAGUGAUUGUGUUAUGUAUAUUUCAUCAUUAUUAAUUAGUUGAAUUAGUCAUAUUUAUUCUA